AUGCACGCAGAACCGCGGUGGGACCAUCUUGCCUUAUCCGGGCGCACGCGCGACCCGCCGCCCGUGCCCGUUUCCCCGCGCGCUCGCCUUGACGAUCGCCGCUAUCAGCAGCAGCAGCAGCCACGGCUUCGCUUGAGCGCGACGCUGCGGCGCGAUGAGACUGAUCGAUCAAGCACUCGCCGCCGCACGCCGCACGCCGCACGUUGGUCAGCCGCGUCAGCCAGCAAAGGUCGACAUCGUUCAUCGUCGCAUCAAAUCGAACGGCGUGCGCGCGACGCGCGUGUUUUUGGGGCGCGAACCUCUGCGAACCUCAGCGCGACUCGGCAGCCCAACGACGGGCGUGCAGCACACGGCCCGCAGCGCGAUCUAACCCUCCAUGAGCAUUCAUUCCCGCAAGAAGAGCCCGUCACUCGCGACCGCAAAAAAAACGCGCCCCCGGUGCCUCCACCACGACGUCGCGCCAAUACAAUAUCACCCAGAGCGCGCCACCCCUUCCCACACACGCCUCGGCUCGGCUCUGCUCAGCUCGGCUCUGCUCAUGAUGAGCAAGCACCCCCGCUGCUGACGCCCCGCGCAUGA